AGUGCUUAUUUGUUCUUAAAACACUUUAUUACAUUAAAGAAAAAGAAAAGAAACAUUAGUAAACAUUACUGCCCAGAUAGCUUUAAACAGUCUUUACAGGUGGCCUAAGACCUUUGCAUAGUACCGAAAAGUUCAUCUGUAGACUAUAGAGGAAAUAACUCAUGUGGCUUCUUGUGAUGUCGAUAUAUAUAUAUAUUUUAUUUUUUUCUUCAAACAAUCAUAGCAGUCUAUUAUCAUUUACCUUUGGUCCUUCAAGUAUUCACACACAACAUUAGUGCCCACACAUGCAUGCACUCUUAUAGGCCUAUAGAUAGUUCUAGGGAAAAUGAAUUGUUUUAUUUUGGAAGAAACCUGUGUGUCAUCCCCUGAAGUGGCACCAUUCUGCACAGCCAUUGGUUAGGCAUCAAAAGAGCAGACCAGGGAGAGCUUGGCAGACCAGGGUUGAUGAUUGACAUAUUGCCAUGUGUUCUCUAAUACAGUGUAAUCUAACCUACAAAAUGCAGCGCCAAGUUCAUUUUCAUAGAAAUCUACUUUUGCCCAAUGCUUUCCCAAGCAUGGACUCUAUUGUCUUAGAAGCCUAUACUGGCUAUGGAUUGUAGGCCUGAAACCACACCCUAGGCAAACUUGUGAUAUUGCAGGCCUAGCAGAGAGUCAGGUAUCAGGGACGGAACCUGGCACACAAAGAUGAAGCGCAGCUUCUGCAUCUAGUUUGAAGACCGAGGGGCUGUCAUCGAAAACACGGUUUCAGCUGUCCUGCUGAAGCUAUGGGGAGCUGUUGGAGCUGUCUAUACAGGGACCCCAUCCAAGACAACCAUCUCACCAAAUUCAAGGUAACAAAUGUGGACGAUGAGGGGAAUGAGCUGGGCUCCGGGACCAUGGAGCUCACCCAGACCGAACUCAUCCUCCACACACGCAAGAGGGACGCCAUCCGGUGGCCCUACCUGUGUCUGCGGCGCUACGGCUACGACUCCAACCUCUUCUCGUUCGAGAGCGGCCGGCGUUGCCAGACUGGGCAGGGAAUCUUUGCGUUUAAAUGUUCUCGCGCAGAGGAGAUCUUUAACGUGCUCCAGGAACUGAUGCAGUGCAACAGUAUAAAUGUGGUGGAGGAGCCUAUGAUCAUGACCAGCAGCGGACACGCGCGAGAGAUAGACAUGCCACGGACCCCACAGACACCCAACACUCCAGCAUUCCCAGUCCAGGGCUUUCCCAACGGUUACCCGGGGUAUCCCAUGACCGCUGAUUCCUCCCAACCCUCCCUGACUGACGACCCCCAUAACCACAGCAUCAUGGGACUAGAUGACCAGGCUCACACCUAUGUGAAUACUGUAACUGUGGAUGGGGAGCUCUCCAGUCGACACUGUGUCCACUCCCUGCCCGAGGUAAGGCCCACCCCCUUCCCCGAGUCAACCCGAGGUCCCAUGCCUGUCGGUGGCCAAGGAGGUGGGCAGGCCGGCAUGCACUGCUGCCCCCUGGAGGAACAACGCAAGGAACCCCAGGUCUUCCUCCAGCCCUCCUCUCAGGAGGUCAAGUUCAUGCUGGGACCCACGCCCGCGCAGCGCCACCUGCUGGAGAGGGAGAGGGAGAGGCACGGGGGCCACAAUCCCCAUGUCAUGCACUCUGUGGAGGGGGCCACGGGCUCAGAGACGGAGGGGGACGAGCCUCCCCUGCACAUGUGCAACUCCCACUCCUACCACCACCCCCACUACCACCAUGUGAUGCGCCGCCACCCAGGCCACGAGCACCCGGAGGCCUGCCAGGGCAGCCAGCUCACCUACGAGAACAUCAACGGCCUGAGGGGGGGGCGCCGGCAGAGGCUCAGCCCCAGCAGCGUGUCCCAGUCCGUGGGCUCCAGCAGCAGCAGCAGCACUACCGGAGACAGCCACCCGCAGACGCAGCCGCUCCACCCCCUCCACCCCCACGCCCCGUCCUCGCUUCCCCCUCAGGGGUACCCCUGCGAGCGGGUCGCGGGGAUGGGCGGGGGCCACCGGCGGAGCGCCCUGCUGAACUACGAGAACCUCCCGUCGCUGCCGCCCGUUUGGGAGUACCGCGCCCUGCAGAGGGACGAGCGGCAGGACGAGGAGGACGACGAACAGGACGAGGAGGAGUACGAGGAUGAGGAGGAGGACUUUGACGAGUCCGAGUUCUCGGAGGGCCCGGGCACGCCCAACGGGUACCACCAGGACGGGCUGGGGAGAGGGGGGGUCCACCGGGAUGCCCUGCAGAACUACGUCAACACGGAGCAGGUCCAGCCCAGCCGGCUGCGACACCCCUGCCCCCCUCCCCCCCAGGCCUGCCACCGACAGUCGGAUCGGGGCGGCCGAAUAUUCAGCUUUGACUUCCGCAGGCGGCCGGGGGGAGGGUUCGGUCGGGGGGAGGGCUGCGAGCACGGUCACAUGCCCCCGUCGAGGCAGCUCAACUACAUCCAGGUGGAUCUUGAUGCGGAGCCGUCGUGCCAGGCCCUGGAUGGAGGUGGAGGGGGGGGCGCCCAGUCUCAGCCCCAGCCGCUACAACCACAUCACCAGCGCCUGCCGCCCCUCAAAUGUGGCCCCCAGCAGGCCCCGAGGCGCAGCGAGUUCUACGCCGUGAUCGACCUGAAGAAGACAGCGGCCAUGUCAAACCUGCAGAAAGCCCUCCCUCGGGAUGAUGGGACCUCGAGAAAGACUCGCCACAACAGCACAGAUCUGCCACUGUAGACGCAGUGAGACGGGCAGAAGGAGAAAGGGAUGAGUAGAGGUAGACAGGUUUGGGUGGACAGACAGCUACGGUCUUCAACUCAGCAGCACACUGGACCCUCACUGUCAUUCAGCCAUCUGCCUGUCCAGUCCAGAGCAGCUGGGUCAUAUCCAGUUAUCUAACUGAAACCUACCCGUGCAUAGUCCACUUUAUGGAGCAAGAUUGGUAAGCCCUUUGGGUUGAAGUUGCCAUGUAAUGUGUAACUUUGACUGUGGUGAGAUGCUGUCUGCGCUAGCAGCAGAAGCCUUGGUUGUUGCUGGCUGGGUUUGUGGUUUUGCCCUUCGCCUACUAUUGUUUUUGGUUACACUUUUUGGCUUGUGUUCUUCUUUGAGCUUUGUGGUGGUUGCGUUGAGUGCCAUGGUCCUGGGUUUGGUUCAGGAUGGGAGCAGAAGUAGAUGAGUCACGUCUCGCACUUGUAUUUGACCAACGUUGGUUGGUUUCAGAUACUGUGUAAAAUGUAUUGCCCAUCACAAAGUAGCUAGAUUACUCAUUCCAUUGUCAUUCAGUGUUACUUUAUUUAUUGCAUAUCCCUGUUUACAAACAUGGACUUCUAUUGAGUUGUACUGUUUACAAACAUGGACUUUUACUAGUCCAAAUUGUCAAUUUUACUAAACAUUUUAUGAUAUGAAAACAGUUUGUUUUCCUUCAAUUUAAUUCUAAUAACGUGCAUAACCGUUCUUCACUUCACAAGCACUACUUCUGGCCCUGUGACUGGUAGAAAGAACAGUUGAUGAAGUAUCUGCCCUCAGGUAUUAGUACGGAUAAGUACAGUUUGCACAUUAUCCUUUGGAAUUGUAGCUAAUCUUAUCCAUUAUGAUAUUUUUAGUCAAAAAAAUACAACAGAGAAAAAAAAUUCUAAUGAGUAGAUUUUCACUCUCCAAAAAAAUGUAAUAUCAGAAAUGUUUCACGUUGAAAUUACAUUUUAAAUUGUAGUAACAGUUUUCCCUGAUAUCGUCUUGCCACAAGUUUAGCAUUCUCUUCUGCCCUCAAACACAAAUACACACAAACACACACACACACACACACCUGAGGUUGGAACUUAAACAAUUUCCUAAUUGUUCAGAGCAGAACCCUUAUUCUUUUUUAUUCCAGUUUACCUACCAGCCAAAAAGCCUGAACUCAUUCAGUCCUAAAAGAAAACCAAUUCUUAUAGUUUAUUUCAUUCAUUUGUUAACCUGUGAAGUCAACAUCUUUUUACAUUUAAAUUUAGUCCAGCAAUUAGGGCUGAUAGUACAGUUUGCUAAGGAACAAGUAAGAUAAUAGUUUACAUGUUUAAUUGGUAAGAUAAGCGCAGUGGGGAGAUGGAACACAUUUUACUUGUGUGGAGAGAGUGAGACUCAAGUGUAAUGGAGGAGACUUGGCUUGUAGUGCUGAGUGUGAUGUGAAUUGUAAUGAGUUUAGAAAUUAUAACUUUACCGAAAUACAAAUUACUGUAUUUCUUAGAAUCAGAAAUAUUUUUUCUUUAUCUAAAAAUUAUAUUAUUAACUGGUUCUCAAGAUUUAAAAAUAAAGGUUCUGUUCUGAUCACUUUAAUUCCUAAUUCUGUUUUUGUUCCUCUAGAAUUGUUGUUAUUUUCUGGGUUGUGGUUCUGUUCCCUAAACCCUGACACACACACACACACACACACGAUGGAAUUGCAUUCAAUCUGAGGACCAGAAUUGUAGUACCCUUACAAAACAUUCCCUACCUCCUAGCCCCUAACCCUAGUUGUUAGACUUUAACUCUAUGCUUACUCUAACAUUAAACUCAGUAACCUAACUGUUAUGACAAAACUUAACCUAACCCUUGAACCUAAUCCUUAAUGGCUAAACCUAACCCUUUAAAUACAUUUAAAAAAAUUUCCUCACUUAAAUAUUGUAAAAUUCAUACCGGUCCUCUCUUUGAUAGCAGUUUGAGCACACACACAUGCAUGCACGCACACACACACACACACACACACACACAGGUAUACACACAGUAUAACAAUUAUGACGGGUUGAAAUGAUCUUUGACCACAUAUCAUUCCACUUGAACACGGAAUUCAUGUCUAAUUACUAAACUUUGGUUACCUUUGCACUUUUUAUCUUUGGGGUCAGAUACUGGCCACUAAAGUCCCAACAGUUUAGAAUUCCUCUGAUUGAUAUUUUAGUAUCAGAUUGAUGAUGGAGAGCUAUCAACUGAGAGUUUGUUGAAAGAGGAAUAUAUCAGUAUAUGUUUAAUGUUAGCUGUUUAUGGAAAGUCUUAUAUCAGUGAGCAUUUGGCUGAAUUUAUUUUUAAUUUCAAUUAAUUUAUUCAGUCAUCAAGAUGUCUAUAGUGAUUGUUUUCACACACAGAAAUGUAUGACAAGUUUUUGUAAUCCAGUCAGUUGGUGAAUUGGAGACCAAACUAUCCCUCGUCUCCUCCACAUUGUCUGAUACAUCAUUGUGAUAUCGUUGUUAUGACUGUAAUUAAUAACAUAACACUCAAGAAGAACGACUGUAUUAACAUUUUAAAGUGCCAAAUCUUACUGUUAUCUGUAUAAUCAUUAUGAAUCGAAUCAAUGUGCCAAUAGGAUGUGUAGCAGAGAACCCGAGGGCUAGGAAUCUUGGCGUUAGCUUACAUGUCAAAAACCAACAUGGAGAGGGCUCACACACUGUGUACAGAUGCUGUACCUUGAUUUGAUCAUCUUCCUGAAAUGUAAUUUACGUUGAAGAAAAAAAAAAAAAACUUCUAAAGUUUGGAAUUUGUCGACAGGUAGCUAGCUAGUGAUUAUAGCCCUGGGACAGUAACUCAAAGGUUGCUGUUUCGAAUCUCAAAGUUGACAAGGUAUUAUAAAUCUUCCUUUAGGUUACUCUCAAUAACGGCAUCUGCUGAAUUGGAAAAAAAAUUAUUCCACUUUAAGAUUCAAUCAAUCAAUUUGACUACUUUUCAUGACUUAUAAUCAACAUAAUACUUCACAUGUCCUUUUGCUGCUGAGUUAUCUUCCUACUGUGCCAAACUUAGGCAAAAUAAGAUGGUGCUGAUCUAGGACCAGGUCUCAUCUGUACAGGUAAACCCAUUGAUUAUGAUCUAAAUGGCAAACUGAUCCUAGAUCAACAUUCCUACCCCAGGGUUUUCAUUGCUAACCAUGUGUACUCCGUAAACAUUUAGCUAAUGAAAAGGGUCAAGGGAGUCACAUUUCACCUCAUAGGCUAGGCUUGUACAUUGACAGCCAUAUUGGAGUGAGACAAAGGAUUGGUUAUAUCGAUCUGGUUAUCACCACUCCAGUGGUUUUAUGCUGCUAUAAACAUAUUGAACAGUAUGUAAGCUAUUUCCCAUUGCAAACCUUCAGACGGUCAGGAGAGGUUGGGCUUUCGGUUUUUCACCUUAUUUGGUCAUCAGAGCUACCGUUCUAUUAUUCACCCCAGAGCACCGUGCGAUCUGUAUGGAGAAACCCAGGUGAUUUUAAUAAGUAGUGGUCUGUUGUUUCUAAUUCUCAUUUAUCCUGCAUAGAUAGGAUAAUCCUUAUACCAAGCCUUGUUUUCAUUCCAAUCUGGCGGUAUAAUCUGGAGUGGAGGCUGAAGGUACAUCACUAGCCCAGCAACUCUUAACACCUCAUAACUGCUUACUUAAUCGGAUCGGAAAGAGCUACGUAUGUCUGCCUAAUGUACCGCAUGUGAGCAUCUUUCAGACAGGGAUCUUAUUAUCGGGAUGUGUAUAUUUUCACGAUUUGGAGGGUGUUUACAUUUGGCAAUAAUGGUUUAAUAGAUUGGUGUUGAUGAAGAAAAUGAGACUGACCGCAGAGUGUCUGGUUCAGGCGUUGUUUCUGAUAAAUCUACAGGUUUGUUGUGUUUGGUAUCCUGUCUUUCAUGUGAAUCAGUGUCGGUAGAUAAGACCCUCCUCUCAAGGCCCUGUUGGUAAUCUAACUUUACUACGGUGUAGGACUACCUGCUUAAAUUAGACUGUGGGAAGAUGUAUGUUUUGGUUUUCUUGAUUGUCUUAUAGAGCAGAUUUGUGCUUACUUAAACACCUAAAUUAAACUGUGCCAUUAGUGACUGUUGCCAAAUAGGGCCGUGACAGUAUCAGUGUACAUUGGUAUAAUGGCAAGAAAACCAAGCAGAUGAAACUUUUUUUUAGGAAACUAAUGUUGGGAACAAACAUCAAUGUGUUGUCGUUCAGUCACAUUUAUUUUCCCAGUACUAUAUUCGACAUGGAACAGCUUUUUAAAGCAUUAUGGAGUUUGGUCUGCAUUGUAUUUUCAUUUUUGCCAUGGAAAAAAAGACUGUGAUUACUGUUAAGGUCACCACCCUAUUGCCAAGCUCUCUGGAGCAUGUGUGGCUCUCGAAUGUUGUAGCCUUUUAAAGGGCCAGGUUAAGUAUCAGGAGGCACAUGGCCAAAAUAUCUGGAUACUGUGUUUGUACUGAUACAGUGGGUCAUGAUGGUUGAUGCAUUCAUUAAUCAGCAAGGUUUGGGUCAAAUGCAGGGCCUUUCAGAGUCUUAGAGUAUAAGAAGGAUCAGCUCUAACAUGUGUGGACACUUCUAAUGAAAAGACCACAAGUCAUAUUGUUGAAUAAACAUAGUUUAAAUGUA